AUGUAUGACUCCGAAGAAGACGGGGAUCGACGUAAUCGAGACAAGUUUCCACGAGAACGAGAAAGUCGUCGAGAAGACGAUCGCAGUGAAUCGGACAAUGGUGACGCGAAAAACGAUGAUUUCUCUGGACCUAUGCUUACAUUCAAGAAGUUCCUUAUGACACAGGAAGAUGACAUAUCGGACUCUGCUGCAUUGGCUGCAUAUAACGAGUACAAACAAGAAUACAAGCGAAAAGAGCUUCAGCGCUUUUUCGAUGCCCAUAAAACGGAGGAAUGGUUCCGUCACAAAUAUCAUCCGGAAGAGUCGGCAGCAAUUCGUGAUGCACACAUGGCUGACAUUAAGAAGCGUCUUGAAAUUUUCAACGACAUGAAGGCAAAAGGCUGUUUCGACGAUUUCACAUUGGACCUGCAACAUGCCCGUGAAAUCAUUCGUACCAUGGACACUUUGGUGGUGCGCCUUGAAGGUGGCUCGGAGGAGGACGUUGAAGCCUUAAAAAAUGAGAAAAUUGAAGACGACUCGUUAUUUGAUUUGGGAGAAAAGAAGUCUGAUGAAGACACUGGCGCAGAUAAGGACGAAGCUCGAGGAUCAGAGAGCGAGGGUUGGCUUUACCCUCACGAUUCAAAUGAAGAAGGUCGUGAGAAGCGUAAAAAGACGUUGUUGCACAAAACUAGUUCCGUUUUCAUGCGAAAUGUGCCUGCGACAGUAAAAAUUGCGGACUUAGAAGCGAUCUGCAGCCGUAGCCCAGGUUUUCUUCGCAUAGCACUGAGUGAACCGCAUGCAGACCGAAGUUUCUCGCGUCGUGCUUGGGCAACUUACAAACGAGAUGUUAAUAUUAAGGAGAUAUGUUGGACACUGAACCAAACUAAGGUGCUCACUCUUAAUGACUCUACGGAUUUGAGUGUGAUUCUUAAUCGUGAUCUCACGCGCCGCAUUCGUGGAAUAAGUGGAGUGACUUCUCAUAAAGAUGUGGCUCAGAAUGAUAUCAAACAAGCAGCUAAGCUCGUCGCGCUAAUGGAUAAACGCAUCGGCCUGUUUUGCGAAGACGAACCGAAGGAGGAACGUGAUAAAGAUAUAUUCACGGGUGUUGAUCUCGUGGCGACAUCGAAAAACCCUCUGCUGAGACAGGUUCGGCCGGUGUUGAGGGAAUGCGACGAGCCGAGCCCAGAAGAAGAGGAGAUGCUGGGAAUUUCCCGUUGUACACCUUCCACACCAGCUGCUGCGGCUGAUGAGAAGAUCCCAUUCGUGCGAGACGAAACCUUAUUGCACGCUCUGGACCUGUUGAUUCUAUACCUUCGUAUGGUGCACUCGAUCGAUUUCUAUGGUCACAUUGAAUACCCCAAUGAAGACGCAAUGCCUAACAGGUGUGGAAUGUUGCACGUGCGUGGUGUAUUACCCACCCAGUUCGGUAGUGCAGAGGAUGGAACGAAGCUUGUCUCAACCAAGUUCAAUACGGAGUUCAUCAAUGGGUUCAACCACCGUCUGGAAGGUGGUCUCAUGCAAGCUUCAUAUGUCACACCUGAUGAAAUGGAGAAAAUGGGCAAAAAGGAUGGCGACAAAGAGGUUGAAGCAUUCAUCCAAGCAAAUACUGUCGAGUUAUCCCAAGAUAAGUGGUUGUGCCCACUGUCUGGUAAGAAAUUCAAAGGACCCGAUUUUAUUCGUAAGCAUCUCACCAGUAAGCACGAAGAGAAGCUGCGUGAAGUGCGCGAAGAGGCCGCCUUCUACAACAAUUACUUAGCCGAUCCGAACAGACCGGUUAACGUGGAGGUGAAACCCGCUCCUCCGCCUCCGCGAGAGGAAGAGCGCCGUGAAGAUAGAUAUAGUAGGUUUUAUUACCCAAAUUUAUGA